CUGCCGUGCGUCAGUCUGUCCUGGAAACGGACUCGUUACAAUAACAGGUGUCAGCAUACUAGGCACUGGAAGGUGUGUGGCCGCUGGGAGGAGACGGCUUAAGACAGGUUUCACCACGAAGUGUCAGCAGAUGUGUGACCGCCGGUAGAGGAACCAGGGGAAGGAAAGGGGCGGGUGUUAUUAGUAAGCGGAGCAGCAGAAAGCCCCACAGCCCCGGCAGCGGCAGACAGCAGAGCGGCGGAGCGGGGGAGUGGACGGCGCUGCCUCACCGACCCGAAAAAGCCAGAAGAUCGUCGAUUUCAGCGUCCCUUUAGAUCGACUUCGAAUCCCUUCGGGAAUAGCAGGACCUUUCGCAUGAAGAACAUCCUGAAGACCAAGAAGUGAAGACCGAGUACCAUCUGCUUCAGCGGAACACUGCUGCUGCUGCCUGCGUGCCGUCGGAGUUUAAUGGAAAUGUACUGAACCCCCCUGGAAUCUCAUCAUCUGGAUCCCUAAAAUGCCUCUGUAAUGACAAACCUCUGAUAUAUACGUCAGUCUUGUAAGGGAGAUUACACUGCCAAUGACAAAUAAGAUGGAAACUGCUUUUUACCAUGAUGACAAUUCAAGCAUCCCAAAUUUUGGACAGGUGUCGGAUUUUGAAGGGUACCAAAGUCAGAAGAUGAUGGGGAAAAAGAGUAUGAUUGCUCAGAAUUUCCCUGAUAUGCUAGGAAGCACGUCUGAACUGAAACUCAUGCACGGUCUGCCAGCAAACAGCAGUAACUUCAGUGCCAACAGCACAGGAAUUAAUAACACAAGCAGCUCGAUAAUGGCUGCUUCUGAGAUGAACCUCCUGAAACUGCAGUCCCCAGAUUUAGAGCAGCUGAUGAUCCAGUCCAACCAAGGGCUGGUUACAGCCAAUCCAGGCCCCAACUGUACAGGAAACACCUUUCUCUACAGGAGCCAAGACACCAAUGAACAAGAUGGCUUUACAGAUGGAUUUGACCGGGCUAUGGCUGAUCUACAUAAACAGAAUGAGCUUGUUGGGGCAUCCAUUUCUCCAUCCUCUGCCAUUCAGGGCUCCUACCACAGAAACAUAAUGUCCACUGGUGAAUUGCUGACAUACACCAAUAUGAACAGCUACACUUCCACCCAGAUCACAGGUUCUGCAUCGUAUCUUGGUAGCCAGCUGCCGUUCACAUCUGUCGGUCACUGCUCAGGUCACGGUGGACAAGGCCAAGGGUCCCACUCCCAGAGAAGGGGCCUGGAUGCAGUGCAAAUAGUUCCUGAGAUGUCCCACCCAGCGGCGGAAUCUACCAGCUCCCCAAAAUCGCUCUCGCCCAUAGAUAUGGAGUCCCAGGAGCGAAUCAAGGCGGAGAGGAAGAGGAUCCGUAAUCGCAUAGCUGCCUCCAAAUGCCGCAGGCGCAAACUGGAAAGGAUCUCACGCCUCGAAGAGAGAGUGAAGGCACUUAAGACCCAGAACUUUGACCUGGCGUCCGCCGCCAGUCUUCUGAGGGAGCAGGUGGCACAGCUGAAAGAGAAAGUCACGAGUCACGUCAACAGCGGCUGCCAGAUCGCGGUGGCUAAGCGAGGAGGGACCUGAGCCCAUUGAAUAACAGCAUGGUGAAUUUACUACAUAACUAAUGAUGCUGAAUGUCUGGGAAGAAACCUGCCUUGCCUGGCACAUGCCUAAGGAAUGGAGUGUGCCACACAUUCCCGGUCUUAUUUUUUAGGGGCUUUGGGCAGAUACUGUAUCUCCACCACUGACAGUAACAAAAGGGAAAACACCCAGAUUUUAAAAGUGAAACUGACACUGGAACAUGGCAGAAAGACACAACGAUUCCAGGCAAGAGGAAUCUCUGCACUCUGGACACUAACAACGCCCCAGAACGGAACGUACUGGAAAACUGCUUGGCUUCCUGGGAAUUUUACCUCUGUCAGUACUUGUCUGAUCUUGAGUAAUCAGAAGAACGUGGAAAAUUAGAGGAAAAUGGUGAAGGUUUAAUAAGUCUUGAUAAACUUAUCAGGUUGUAUACUUCAAGGCUUUACUUGAAUAUUAAAACAGAUUUAUUAAACUGCGCAGACUUUUAGCGCCUGACUUUGUGACAGUUGAUAUCGUAGGUCCAAUGUAUUAUGAACAUUCAAUGUCCCAAACGUGCUGCAGUCUUCAAGUGUGACUUGUUUUAAAUUUAAGUAAAGAGUUGCUAGAUUUACAGAGUAAAUGACCUUAGCUGAGUGAUGUGGCUAACGGUACAGGGGGGUCGGUUCCCAAAAGCAUCUCAGUAUGAGUUCCACUGAAUUCCAGUGAAGUCACAGUCAGCAGACAUCUUGUGAAAUGGGAAAUGCAACCCACUUGCUGGACUGAGUCACAUCUCUUUCUGAAAUGUCCUGUUUGUUUUCUAUCUCUUUGGAGCGGAUUAUGCAUGUGUGUGUCUGAUUAUAUCAGGCUUAUAUAUUUACUACAUAUCAGUGUCUAAUUUAAAUAACGUCUCUUAAUGAUGAAUCAUGUACAUAUAUAUGUACAGUGCAAACGUACAUAUGCAUUUAUCAGAUCAAUUAGAAAUGCUCUGAUUUUUUUUUUCUAGGAAAAUACAGACAGACUUAAUAUGAUAUCCAAUAGGUUCAGAAAAUCUUUAAAUUAUGUAUUAAUAUAUAUUUUGUUUCUUGAACUGCAUAAGGUCUUAAUUUUGAAUGAAAUACAUGUUUCCCCAACGGUUCCUAAUGACCCUAAAAGCAGUGUUUUCAAGCUGUACUGACUCACGUUAUGGAAGAUUAUAGUUCAGUAUAACAGUUUUCAGUGCUAGAAAAGACAGGUGCGACUCAAGUACCCAGGGCCUAGUUUCGCGAAACCUUCUUAACGCUACGUCAUUUGUGAGUUCUGUGUCAAAAGAUGGUUUUAAGAAACUGGGCUCAGGUGGCUACUUAUAAUUGUGAGACUCUUUAUUCAAAAUUUGAUUUUAUUGCAGUUUAAGCAAAACAUGUUUGUGUUGUCUGUGCAAAAUACAUAUUUAAUGUACUUUUCAAUAUUUGUUUAAAGUAUUGCACUAUGGUUUUUUUAUAUACAAAAAAUUAGACAAACAAAGCAUGAGAGAAUUCUGACCCCCUGUUUAUCUGCAUCCGGUGCGACAGUAUAUAUUGAUCUAUGAAAUACAAGAAGCAUUUUAUUAUUGUUCCUGUUAAUGGUCAAGGGGGCUGAUGUUUUCAUUUAUAUUGUUUGAGUUUAUCUGUAAUUUACAUCUGUAAACUCAUGAUUGUGUGAUAUUAUAAAAAAUGUGACCAUUAAGGCUACAUUUUCAUCCAUCUAUCCAUCCAUCUAUCCCUCCUGCUAUUUUUCAUGUACAGGAUCAGUGGUGGAGGGGGGGGGGGGCAUCGCAGACACUAGGUAGGGAAAUACCUCAGAGCUCACACUCGCACAGACACCAACACAUACCCCCAAUCCUGGAAGUAUGGUCAUAUUUUCAUAUAAAUCCUUAACGUUCUAACAAACGAUAGAUACCGUUUUUUUUUCACCCUGUAACCUUGUACUGAAUAAGCGGUUAUGGAAGAUGGAUGAACGGAUGAGAUUCUCUCCAGUGUCUGUUUACCUGUUAUAAGUACUAUUUAAAUAUAUUUUAACACAAUGUAAAUAAUGCUGCUUAGCCGUAACUGAAAUGAAGCAUUUCCAGGUGUAUUUCAGUUUCUGUUCAUGAAUUACAAGCGUUCAAACAGC